CUGCCCUAGUUGUUCAGUGCUUGUUGAAGCCGUUGACUAUCUUUGGAAAAUCUUGAAUGCUUCAACAAUUUAAUGGAUAUGCAACUAUAUCAAUCAUCUCCUGUUAUUACUGAGUGACAACCUGAACGUGUUACCAUGGUGACCACUCACACACACAUCACCCUCUCACUCCUGCUGUUCCACAUUCUUCCGGCCACAACGACUCAGGUUGAUGACCUUAUCGAUGACGUCAUUGUCGCCACGAACCGUGGCAGAGUCCGGGGCACUCGGCUUCCCGUGCCAGGUGGUGGAUAUGUCAGGGCAUUCCUGGGAAUUCCCUAUGGGAACCCCCCCGUUGGGGAACUGCGUUUUCGCCCUCCUCAGCCUGCAGAUGGGUGGACAGGGGUACUACACGCCACACGCUACCCCAACUCCUGCCUCCAACCCCAGGAUACAUUAUUUCCUGGGUUCCGUGGAGCUGAGAUGUGGAACCCCAACACCAAGAUGAGUGAAGACUGUCUCUACCUAAACAUAUGGACUCCUCCCCCUUUGUUUAAGACACACCCUAAACGUUCCAAGAGCUCCUCCCCUGGUUCCUCAUUAGCUCCUGUCAUGGUGUGGAUAUACGGAGGCGGGUUCACUACAGGCACCGCCUCCCUAGACCUGUAUGACGGACAAUUCCUUAGCCAAUCAGAAGGCGUCGUGGUGGUGUCUAUGAACUACAGGCUCGGUCCAUUGGGUUUCCUGUCUCUUCCUGAGAGCGAGAGUGUCCGUGGUAACGCUGGAAUGCUGGACCAGCGCUUGGCUCUGUACUGGGUAGCCAAUAACAUUGCUGCCUUCGGCGGAGACCCUUCAAAGGUGACGUUGUUUGGGGAAAGUGCUGGCUCUGCGUCUGUGGGUCUCCAUCUCCUCUCCCCUGGCAGCCAUGGUCUGUUCAACAGGGCAAUACUACAGAGUGGUUCCCCUAACACUCCAUGGGCUGUCAUGACUCAACAGCAGGCCUGGAACAGGUCCCUGUCCCUGGGUAGGCUGCUGGGUUGUCCCCUGGCACCUCUGGCUGUCCUGGAGCAGUGUCUACAGAGAGCCCAUCCAGAGGAUAUCAUCAAGCAGCAGUACAACGUCCUCUCUCUCCCCACAAUCCUAGCAUUACCAUUCACCCCCUCUGUCGACCAAAACUUCCUACCAGACAUGCCAGAGGUUCUGCUCCGGACGGGACACUUCCUGAAGACAGAGGUGCUGAUUGGUUUGAACCAAGAUGAGGGGACCUACUUCCUGGUUUACGGGGCGCCAGGAUAUGACAUCACUAGCCAGAGCCUGAUCAGCAGGGAGAACUUCCUGAAAGGGGUGGACCUAGUGUUGCCGGGAUUCAGUGAUGUCACGAGGGAGACAGCCAUCUUCCAGUACACUGAUUGGACGGAUGAGAAUAGUGGGAUGAAGAAUCGUGAUUUGCUUGGGCGAAUGUUGGGAGACCACGAUUUUAACUGCCCUGUGCUGGAGUUUGCCCAGAGGUACACAGAACAUGGGGGUAAGGCCCGCCUCUUCCUGUUUGAUCACCACUCCUCCACCAAUCCCUGGCCAGCAUGGAUGGGCGUGAUGCAUGGCUAUGAGAUUGAGUUUUUCUUUGGAAUGCCGCUGAACAGAACCCUGGGAUACCUGGAGGAGGAAGUGGUCAUGAGCAGGAGGAUGAUGAAGUACUGGGCCAACAUGGCUAGGACCGGGAACCCAAGCAUAGAGGAAGGUGAUUGGCCACUUUUCACCGUGGACCAACAGGAAUACAUCACCCUAAACUCAUCCCCUCCACACACACAAAAGAGGCUUGCCGCUCAUCAAUGCCAGUUCUGGAACAACUUCCUCCCCAAACUGCAGGACGUCACUGUGAGCGUAGAUGAGUUAGAACAGCAGUGGAGGAAUCACUUCCAUCGUUGGAUGUCGUACAUGUUGGAGUGGAAGAAUUACUACUCUGACCACAGCCUGAGCAGCCCAAAGGGUCAGAAGCAGCAGGACUGUGACCAGAGGCCCUUGGAGCCCUACACCUUUGACUGAACC